CACAGACGCAUCGCGCGCUCCGAGCUGCAGCACGCGGGACGGAGACUGUCUCUGCUGCAAACAAGACAUAAUCCUUUUCAGACAACGCUGACAACAGAAAAAAUGAAGUUUGUGAUUUUGGUGUCCUUCGUUGUGUUCCUCUCUGCGGAUGUGAAGUCCAUACCAGUUGAGCAGAAUGCAAGAGAGGAAAUGCUUACCAAGUGUUUGGUUCAGAUCCUUUCUAAAGCCCUUUAUAAAACAGACGGUACUCCACUGCAUCCCGAAUGUAACAGCAUCUUUAAGACAGCCUCAGGUCGUAUUACAGUGAAAUCGGGCGAUGAGGACACUGUUGAACGGACACAUGAAGAGAAAGGACCACGAGCAGAGUCUAGAGUCAAAGAGAAGCUCAUUGAGGAUCUACUCAAAGCUGAUGCAGACAAACGUGAGGAGAUGCAUGAAGAGAGGAGCCAGGAGGAGUUCCCGAGUUUUAUUAAAAGAAAAAUAAGAGACAAUCUCGAUGAACCGGAAGAUGAACGCAGCCAAGAAGAGUUCCCGAGUUUCAUUAAAAGAAGAAUCAGAGGUAACCUCGAUGAACCAGAAGAUGAACGAAGUCAAGAGGAGUUCCCAAGUUUCAUUAAAAAAAGAAUGAGCCAAGAUCUUGAUGAACCGGAAGAUGAACGAAGCCAGGAAGAUUUUCCAAGUUACAUUAAAAGAAGAAUCAGAGAAAAACUUGAUGAACCGGAAGAUCAACGAAGCCAGGAAGACUUCCCUGACAUCUACAAAAGAAGCAGCAAAUACAAAAAAGACACUGAGGAUGAUAGAAGCCAAGAGGAAUUUCCCCAGAAAAGACACUCUUCCAACUUCCACCAUCAAAAGCGUGAGAAUCCCGACGAGGAACGCAGCCAGGAGGAAUUCCCUUCAUACCCGUACAAAAGGAGUCACCUUCUAACAGGCAAAAACAAACGUGAAGAUCCAGACUACGACAGAAGCCAAGAAGACUUCCCCAGCUACACCCACAAACGAAACCAAGAGGAGGAAGAUGAUGAAGAAGAGGGCAGAGAGAAGCGAAUCUGGAAACCAUCACACAGAUACCACCACAAGAAAAAGCACCACAAGCGAAGUGAGGACUUAGACGAUGAAGACUACUACAGAAGUCAAGAAGACUUCCCAACUUACACCAACAAAAGAAACAGCGGGACAUCCGAGGACGAGGGGUCCGAAGAGAUAAAUGAGGAAAAACGAUACUGGAAACCCACCCACAGGUACCAUCAUAAGAAGAAACUUCAUCAUAAGCGCUCAGACUCCGAAGAAUUAGAAGAUGAGGAACCGAUCACAGAUGCAUCGAAAGCCUUCCAGCACCGUUCACCUGAAGAAGAGGAAGAGGAGAAAAUUAUUCAAGAGCUGAGAGAAACGAAACAUCCAUCGACCAGCCAGGAGGAGGAUGAGGAGCGGGAAAGGGAGGACGCCCUGAAGUAUCUCGCUAAGAAAAAGAACGAAAUAGAGGAACGUCUUCAGAACAACGGCGACGUGUACGACAAUCGCUCUCCAUGGAUUUACAGAGGAUAUAACCAUCCAGCCUGGUACAAGAGAAAUCAAGAGAGCAGACAGCAUCCCUACAGUAAACUAGAGGAGGUCGCCGAGAUGCUUCGGCACAAAAGGGGCGUGGGCUCUCAGGAGUCACAUGAUCAGAAGCUACUUACACCAGAAGAGCAGAAGGAACUAGAGAAACUGGCUUCUGUGGAUCAACAGAUGAAAGAGAACCAGGCAUGAACCAUUAUCAUCUUCCUCGGCUGCCCGUUUCCCAUAAGCUUGACAUGUGUCAUCCAGGGAUGCUUUAGAUGAAC